GUCAGUGAAAGAGAGUGCAUAUGACAAGUAGUAGAACAUUAGAAACAACAAUCAAAGAAGAGAAGUUACAGCUUAAGGAGAGAUAUGGCACAAGCAUAUAUAACAGUGCAAGUUCUGCUUCUUCUAGCAACAGUCAUACCUAUCUCAUGUAGCUACAGUAUGAGAGCCUCUGAGGUGUUUGUGACCAGAGGCUCAGUUGCAGUAUUGCCUUGUGUAAUUUCUUCUUCAACUCAACACCCAACUGCUGUCAUCUGGAAAAGAAUUAUUGAACGUGAAGAGAGGACGGUGUGGCGCAGGGACAGGAGCGGGCUUGAGUUUCGGGCAGUGGGACAGGCACCACAAGCUCAUUGUCCCCAUCCAAACUUUGGAAGUUCAGAUUUCAGUCUUCAUAUCCAAGGGACAAGGGAGGAGGAUUCAGGAAUGUAUCGCUGUGAGGUGGAAGGACAGAACAUCAAGAAUGUCAUGCUCCAUGUCGUCAAAGUUUCCUUUACUCCUGCUGAGGUAUUCGAAGGUGAUCGGCUGACGCUGACCUGCAGUAUCACUCCACAGCCAUGGACAAAGACAACAAAAUGGGAACUGAAUGGCUCACCAAUUGCCAGCCGUAGCGGCAUACAGACAUUCACUAUCGAUAAAGUGUCUCAGAAAGAUGCAGGAACAUGGAGCUGCCUGAUUAGAAACAAACAAACGGAAGCAAAUGCAUCGACAUCACUGCAAGUCAAAGGAAUCCUGGUCCCUAAAGAUAACUCAGAGGUAGUAUAUGCACAGUUAGGCUCCUCUGUCACGCUGCCCUGCAUCUUCUCCAGUGAAUUGCUCUUCAACAGUUCUUCCUGGAACAGAGUAUCCAAAACAUCAAAUCUGCCAGCCGUGCUUCCUUCGUCUUUCAACAUUUCUUCGAAUCCAAGAGUUUCUCGGUGCUCCUCCAUGCGGUUGGUUAAAUCAGCAUACAUCGAGAGUGUGCAGGAUGGAGAUGAAGGCACAUAUAGGUGUUCGGGAGAGGUGGAAGGAGGCAACGGCAAGCGCUUCGAGGUGGAGAGGAGCAUUCAGCUCAUCACUACUCAAGUUCUGAGCUCAAACAAAAAUGGCAAAAUGACCCUGACCUGUCGCAUUAGCAGCACCAGUCAAGUCACAGAUUACGAGUGGGUCCAUGUGGAAUAUAGUGUGAAUGAUACUCAGAUAUUCACAUCUGUCCAAAAAUCAAAAUCAAAAGUGCUGAGCGUCCCAAAAGAGAAGCACUUUGGGGAGUGGGUGUGUCGUUUCUAUAACAAACAGCAGCUUCUGGGAAAUGCAACUUACCAGCCUCAUAUAAUGAGUGGUUUAGAGGGAAAGCAACAAUCUACAAGUACAAACAAAGUAGCGCUGAUUAUAGGAAUGUGCUUUCUGGUCUUGUUGUUGGUCCUUAUUUUGCUUCAGCUGUACAAAAACCAUCACAGGAGAAAAAUGAUCUUUCAGUAUCCAGCUAUGGAGACGAUCGUCCACCUUGCGGCUAAUGAGCGAGAAUUUAGAGAACGGGUCAAAGAAAGAGAGAAAACCCAGAAUGGUGCAUGUGGUGAAAAUCCUAAAUCAGAGCUUGUGUAAAUCCAUUUGGCUGUUUGUGAGUUUGGCUCAAUGUUAAGAAAUGAUUUCUACUUGAUGCUUCAUACUUUGAAUUCUGCUUUGUGUGUGUGUGUGUGUGUGUGCUUGUGUGUGUGUGUGUGAGAGAGAGAGAGAGAGAGAGAGAGAGAGAGAGAGAACGAGAGAAAGAGAGAGAGCCAGAGACUUGCAGAAAAUUGUAGCAUAAUUUUUUAUACAAACUUCUUUGUCAUAAUACUAAGCAUAACUACACAUUUUUAUUUCUGAUCUUAAUGUAUAACACUGUAUAAUAUAUUUCAAUAAAGUACAUGGAUUAUUAUGAUAAUAUACAUAUUUA